CCAGGGAAUGCAGGGUUAAGAAGCUGCUUGCACUCUUUCUUAUUUGUCUGCUCAUGCAUGUAAUCACUUUGAAAAGUCACAGUCACUUACUGAGCGGUUGUCUGGCACAGAGGUUUCUUGGAUCCUGCACAAGACCUCACUUCCUGGGGACAGAGGCUCUCCUGGUGGCACUGGUCAGCUUGGACCCUGCAGUGGUUGGCAGGCAGUGGCUCUUGGCCACCCCAACUCCAACGAUUGUUUCCUUCUCCACAAAGUGAAGGGGGUCCACUUGGCAGCCGCUGCUGGUGCUCACCCAAGUUCAGCAACCGUUCCAUUUCAAGAUGAAGUAGAAGAGGAAGGACUAAGUGCACAGUCCUAUUAUUUCCUCCUGACCUUCAGGGCUGUAGACUAAUUUGCACUUCUCUGUCUUUUGACUGGUUUCAUUAUAAAGGAGAUACUUCAUCAAAAACACACACAAUGGCUUUACUCCAAAUGAUGGUGUCUCUGGCUGCUGUGUUGCUUACAUCUUUACCUGCUGAUGGAAAGAAUCCAGCUUUUGAUGCUUUGCUAACCACCCAAACUCAAGUCCAAAAGGAGAUUGUAAAUAAACACAAUGAACUAAGGAAAGGAGUCUCUCCACCUGCCAGCAACAUGCUAAAGAUGGAAUGGAGCAGAGAAGCAGCAGCAAAUGCCCAAAAGUGGGCAAACAAGUGUACUUUACGACACAGUAAUAUGAAUGACCGAAGAACCAACACAACAUGUGGUGAGAAUCUCUAUAUGUCAACUAACCCUACUUCCUGGUCAACUACAAUCCAAAGCUGGUAUGAUGAGAAUCGCAAUUUUAUCCAUGGAGUAGGGCCAAAAAAUCCCAAAGCAGUUACUGGACAUUAUACACAGGUUGUUUCAGACAGAUCUUCCCGUGUUGGAUGUGGUUUUGCCUACUGUCCCAAUCAACUUUUAAAAUGCUACUAUGUUUGCCAAUAUUGUCCUGCGGGUAAUAUUGUGAACAAAAUGUAUACCCCAUACCAGAAAGGAAUACCUUGUGCCAGUUGCCCCAAUCACUGUGAAAAUGGACUCUGCACCAAUAGUUGUGAGUAUGAAGAUUCCAUUAGUAACUGUGCAGAAUUGAAGGAUACAGCUGGCUGUGUACAUGCAUUACUGAAAGAAAAAUGCAAGGCUACCUGCAAUUGUGAAAACAAAAUUUACUAAAAUAUCCAACGUGCAUGACGUGGGGCUAAGUAGACAAGGGCUAAAUCAUCUACUUAGAUUUAAUUGACAUAUACCAGGAGGGAAAUUUAGGCAUGCUAGUUACAAAUUUGAUUCCAAAUAGUAACAAAUCAUUUUCUCCUGGAUCUGCUUUUCUUUAUAGAAAUCUUUCUGUAGGUUAGCAAAAGUAAUGUAGUCUAUGAUAACAACGUUAGAUUUUGACAUGAAUUGGGCACUUCAAAUUUAAUGCACAGAAUCAAGUUCAGAAUUUUGAAAGUUUUAUAACCAUUGAACUUAGAACUCUGGAAUAAAAUUGAGUUAUGUGUUUCCUGAAACAAAAUGCUCAGAAAGUAAAGACUGAAACAUCUUUGACUCUCCUACUACAUGAUUUUUCACCUGUAUGAAGAACGAAUUCAAAGAUUUACAUCUAUGUUUGUCUUAUGGCCUUCUCUUUGAACAAAUGUAAUCAGCUUUUAGAAUAAAGAAGUUGUCUAAGCAAA